GUGUGCGGAGAAAUUGUUUUAAACUUGAUCAAAAUGUUAAAAAUGUUACGAACGAUCUCAGUGAUGUGUUAUAACGUUUAUUUUUAUAACAUGGCUUUCCUAAUGUAAAAUUGCACUUUUCUUCACACAAGAACAAAAAAGAAUCUCAGAAAAAUAUGUAAAUUGUGCCGAUGAGCAGAAAACAAAGAAAAAUCGCAACAGGCAUCGUCCCCGCCAAAUCGGAUUAUCCUUCCGGGUCCUAGGAGAGGAUCAAUAGCUACAACCACACCCACUUUUAGGAGGGCACAAACCUUCCCCCCGAACAAGAUAAGUGCAUGGCCAACUUGAACCACGCCGUAGAUUGCCGCCGACGUCGUCGCCUGCUGCUGCUGCUGCUGCUGCUACCCUAAGGGAUCACCCCCCGUACGGAGACCAAAGCCUAGGGGUCUUUAAACGGCGACGUGAAAAUCGAGAAAACGAAAAAAAACGAGCGCAAAAUUUUCACUCACUAACGAUGAAACGAUUCAUAGCAAUUCUGUUCGUGCUAGGCGAAACCAUCGCUAAUAUUAGCGCGAAUUACGAGCUGAAGGAAGUGGCCGCCUCGCAAGCGUACAUUUCCGGCGGUGGCCGUGCCAUUGAAGAUGUCCAUCUGUCGCCCCUAAUGGCCAAAAUGACGGCCUCACUGCAAACCGUGGGCUCGUUGGCGAACGACGACGGUCCGUUGCCGCCGGGUGAGGACACGGCCGUCGCGACCGAGGUCUCCAACACCAGCCUGCUGUGGACCAAGUACAUUUCCCUGUCCGGCUACGACGGCCCGCCGGUGGAGGACACCUUCCGGGACCGGAUAAACCCCUUCUGGCUGCAGUUCGAGCCCCCGUCGCCGGUGGCCCACUACGCGCUGGGCUUCGUCUACUUCCUGAUGAUGGUGUGGGGCCUGUUUGGCAAUGUGCUGGUCAUCUUUAUGUUUUUCAAAUUCAAGUCACUGCGGACACCCGCCAACUACUUGGUCAUCAAUCUGGCAGUAGCGGACUUCCUGAUUAUGCUGGAAGCACCCAUAUUCGUGUACAACAGCUACCACCUGGGACCAGCGUUUGGGAAUACCUUCUGCACGAUUUACUCGUUGCUCGGGGCGAUCGGUGGAACCGUGGCCAUCAUGACUCUUACGAUGAUCUCGGUCGAUCGAUACAACGUGGUGGUCUACCCGCUGAACCCGAACCGAUCGACGACCCGGCUGAAAGUCAUGCUCAUGAUCGUGUUCACGUGGAUCUACGCACUGGUCUUUUCGUUGAUGCCCGCGCUCGAGAUCGGCCUCAGUCGGUACACUCCGGAAGGAUUCCUGACGGCGUGCAGCUUCGACUAUCUGGAUCGAGGCUGGGACGCCCGGGUGUUUAUGUUCAUGUACUUCGUAUUCGCUUGGGUGAUCCCGUUCUUAACCAUCAGCUACUGCUACGUGGCGAUUCUGCGGGUUGUCAUCGGAGCCGGCAGCAUCCAGUCGAGCAAGAACAAGAACAAGCAAGAGGUCAAACUGGCCGUAGUGGUCAUCGGCAUCAUUGGGCUGUGGUUCAUCGCGUGGACUCCGUACGCCGUCGUGGCCAUGCUCGGAGUGUUCGGAUACGAACAUCUGUUAACUCCACUGGGAUCGAUGAUUCCGGCGAUUCUCGCCAAAACGGCGUCCUGCAUCGACCCGUACUUUUACGCCAUGAAUCAUCCCCGUUUCCGCCAGGAACUGCGCAAAAUGUUCGGCAAAGAACAGGACAUGAACCACUCGCAGUACCAAACGUCCCGCUACACUCGGAACGCCUCCCGGAACGACUCCGAUGCGGGUCCCAACGAACGUGUCCAGCUUGGACGCGCUCCAGGUAAGGACGCAGACCCCAUCCCCGCCGUAUCCUCAUCCGUCGCUCAACCCAACUACAGCCAAAACCUUGCCUCGAACCGUAAAGGAGGUCUUCAACGGGCUCAAUCUUCCAUUUCAGCGGCCGACGACACCUCCCUGUCCUGCUCGAUCGAUCUGACUGAAACCCAGCCAAACAACCACUAGGGCAGAUGCCCAGCCCGGCAGUCCAUUCAGACCACCUGCUGGAUGUCCGGGGACGAAGAGACUUACGACCUGUAAGUCCCGAAGGGGGAGGGGAGAGAAUUUUUCGUGAAAAAGUGCCUUCUCGUGAUAAUAUUUUAGGAUACUGACUAGUUGUUUACUGCGCAAUGAUGGAAAAAUCAAAACAAACGAAUGUAUGUGUAAAUGUUUUCUCCAAUUACACUAAAGGAUCCAUUUUUACAUUAAGAAUGUUGACGACUCGAGCGUUUCAAGAGGUUUAUAACGUAUAUGUAUAAUAGAUUUAAAAUGUUUAACGAACUGUUCGGAUAAUGACCCCCUACGUCCUAUCGUCCCCGACAAUUCCCACGUCGUUCCAUCUUUCAUUCUGUUUAGGAAAGACAAAAGAACUGAAAUGAUGAGAAUUCCAACAAAACUUGCAUUAGUUCUAUCGGUUAAAGAAAAUUGUCCAUUUUUAUCAUGAUUUUCAUUUGAACCAUAUUUAAUUUCAAACAAUAAUUCAAAAAUCAUACAACGAAACUAAGGUUUAUGUUCCAAGUAAUGAUUUACAUACCGUAAAAAUUUUUUUUAUAUAAUACACCAUUCCUACUUACUGUCGUGAAUUAUGUUACCUGUUCGAUGCCAGGUGAGCAAUUCUCUGAAAUUUCAGUCAUUCGAUUUUUUUUGUAUUUUCUAAUCCAUCUGAAGCUUUUUUGGUGCCUUCGGUAUGCCCAAAAACGCCAUUUUACAUCAUUAGUUUGUCCAUAUAACUUAUGAAUCCAAGUUAUGAUCAAUACUGAUUAUUCUAAAAACCGAAAUACUGGUCGCACAAUUUUUUUUUAUCUUCAUUUUUCGAUGCAAAAUCGAAUUUGCAAUCAAAAAGUACUUCAGUGAAAUUUUGAUUUAGUGCACCGUUUUUAAGUUAUAGCCAUUUUAGGUAUUUUUUUUGAAAAUAGUCUCAGUUAUUCAUUUUUUUUAAAAUUAGUGCCCAAGUUUGCCCACCUUUGAAAAAAAUAAUAUUUUUGAAAGCCUGAGGAAAUUCUCAAUAUUUUGCUUUUUUGAACUUUGUUGAUACGACCCUUUUUCUGAGAUAUUGACAUACAAAUGUUUAAAAACAUGAAAAUUAAUGUUUUCCAAGUCUCACCCAAACAACCCACCAUUUUCUAAUGUCGAUAUCUCAGCAACUAAUGGUCCGAUUUUCAAUGUUAAAAUAUGAAACAUUCGUGGAAUUUUCCGAUCUUUUCGAAAUCAAUAUCUUCAAAAAAAUAAAUCAAGAUUAACAUUUCAAAAGGGCGUAAUAUUGAAUUUUUGGUCCUUUUGAAAUGUUAGUCUUGAUUGAAAAUUUUUGAAAUAUUGUUUUCGAAAAGAUCGGAAAACUUCACGAAUGUUCCAUAUUUUAACAUUUGCCGAGCUUCCGUGGCCGUGAGGUUACGGGUUUCGCCUAGUAAGCGGAAGGUGAUGAGUUCGAUUCCUGGCUCGGCAAAGUCAGAUCCCUUCAAAGAGUAAUUCUACUCACUGGGAAUACUGACCGGUAGGGGAUGGGUUUCGACUAGCGGCGUGCUGGGUUUCCAAUCCAGAGGUCGUGAGUUCGAUUCUCGUACCGGAAUGAUGAUUUUUUUUUAACAUUGAAAAUCGGACUAGGUAUUAGUUGCUGAGAUAUCGACUUUAGAAAAUUGUGGGUUGUUUUGGGUGAGACUUAGAAAACAUCAAAUUUCCUGUUUUAAAACAUUUGUAAGACAACAUCUCUGCAGCUAAUGUAAAAAAUGAAAAAAAAUGCGACCAGUGUUUCCAUUUUUUGAAAAAAUCAGUAUUGAUUUAAACAUUCAUAACUCGGUCGAAAAUGAAAUUUUAAAUCACCAAAAAAAAUUUAACCGUGUAUCAUUAUUUUCCAGUGUAGUCCGUACCCAUACCUACAACUUUGCCCAAGAUACCAAAUCAAAAAAAAAAUCAAAAAAUUUCUUCAAAAGAUACAGAUUUUUGAAUUUUCAUACAGUCGACUCUCUGGUUGUCAAUAUCCAAGGGACCGUCGAGGAAGAGAAUCAUCAGUUUACAGAACGAUGCAAAAUGAAGACUCGACUGAAAAUAUGUUUUUCUUGGUACCUUGCUAUGGGAGAGAAUCAUGGCAACGUCCAGCAAAAACAACCCAAUGUCAAACACCCUUCAAAGCUUCGUUUCGCAAAGAAAAAUGUCUAUGCAAGCCAUGAGAAAGUAAAAUUAUUGACAACCGGAAUAGAUAUAUAUCUUUUUUGUAUGGACAGCUGCCAAAUUUGUGUGGAAAAUUAUAUGAACAAACUAAUGAUGCAAAAUGGCUUCUUGGGGCAUACCGAAGGCACCAAAAAAGUUUCAGCCGGAUUAAAAAAUACAAAAAAUAAUUUAAAAAGACCGAUUUCGUAGAGAAAUGCUCAGAUGUUAGUGUUCUAGCAUGAUGAGCAAAAUUUGCUGCAAAUCAGGGUGACAAUAAAAAAAACGAUAUCAGGGAUACCCUCUGACUCGAUUCCUUUAUUAAGUAUCUGUGCCAAUUUUGAGCCAAAUUGGUUAUAGUUAAGAGGUCGCUUUUUAUCGUUAAAGUUUAUAAGGGGGAAAUCUCAAAAGUGUAUGCAGAAAAACAUCGUUUCAGUAUGUUUCUGCCAGGUGGUGCAGGUCUCGCCCAAAAUUGUCCAAGUGUAAGAUUCUUGUAGGAAAUUCAUUUCCCUAAAACUUUGCCGAAGAGUGCUAGACGAUCCGAGUUGAUCCUGAUUUUUGAUGUUUUUUUAAGUAAAAAGUAUUUUUCAUAUACUUCCUAUUUGGGUCAUUCCAUCUGAAGCGGAACAACAUUUCGAGACCUAGCCAAAAUUGUGAAGCAAUGUUUUACCCCAUAUAUUUUCGCGAUUUCCCUCCUUAAUCACAACUGAUUUGGCUCAAAAUUGGCAAAUUUACUUGCUGUUGCCUAUAGGAUCGAGCCCGGGAGUAUCUCUUGAGAUUUUCCAUUUCUUUUUCCAAAUUUUCUUGUCACCCUAAUGCACAUCGAAAUACCACCCUCAUUCUUCAAACUUCAAAAUUUAUAGAGUAAAUCAAACGUGCUUGUAAUUCCGAAGACUGUCAAGUCAAUUAAGAAUGCGUUGUAAUUAUUCAUGAAUUUCUGUUGGCUUCUGGUAGGUAUUUGCAUGAAAAUGAAAAUGUAGAGAUUUUGGUUAUGUCUUGUAUUACCAUAACAAUACCUAUGUUAUUCUGAACUUUUCUAUAAGUAUUCAAUUUAAGAUGAAACAUAAUCACCAAAACAACACCAAAGAGAACGUGAAAAUCACAAUUCAUCUAGCAUUUGUCAUUAAAAAUUUCAGAUAAAGUAUUUCAAAACCAUUAAAAU